AACAUACUAAUUGAAAAGCCUAAUGCUAGUGCUCUAACAGCGUUCCGCCGCCCGCCCUAACUGCGUGCCUGGGCGGACGCGGCGCCCCUGUCGCCCGCGCCGCAGUCGCGCGCCGGCCGUCGCCGCGAGCCCGUGUGUGUCUGUGUGUGCUCUGUGUGUGCUGUGCUGUGUGUGCUUGGAUUUUAUGACGUAAGUUUCGUCAUAUCAUAACGUACUGACAAACACGAGAAAAUACAUCAAGCGACGUAUUUGUGACGAGGUCCAAGAUCAACACAACAAAAAUCUUCUAAAAGUCCCUUGAAACUGAGCUGUGACGUCAUGAAGAAGAUGAGGAUACCGGUGUAGCUGAGCGUUAAACUAUGAACGUGCACACGGUCUAGCCAUGACGAUGGCUUUUCUAUUCGGGGCGCUGGGAGCUUUAGCCCUCGUCAGUCGCACGGGUUGCACAGACAACACCAACGGGGUGGACGCGGGGCAGGAGAUAGAGUACACAGACGUGGAGCUGGGGGUCACGCAGAGAGGGCCGCACUUCGACGUGGCGUACUCCAGGAACGUCACGGCGCUGGUCGGCAAGACCGCGCAGCUGAACUGCAGGGUGCAUGACCUUGGGAACAGAACCGUCUCAUGGAUCAGGCAUCGUGACAUACACCUGCUGACGUCAGGCAGGAUGACGUACACGUCCGACCAGAGGUUCAUCAGUGUCCACAACCCACACACGGAGGAUUGGAUAUUGAAGAUAAGGUUCCCGCAGCGCCGCGACUCGGGCAUCUACGAGUGCCAAGUCGGCACCACGCCACCCAUCGGUCACCGGAUGCACCUCUCCGUUGUCGAGCCGCUGACAACAAUCCUGGGGGGACCGGAGCUGUUCAUCAACAUGGGCAGCACCAUCAACCUCACGUGCGUGGUGCAGCACUCGCCGGAGCCGCCGCCCGCGAUACGUUGGACUCACAACGAUGAGGAAAUAAACUACGACUCACCUCGCGGGGGUGUGUCGGUCAUCACGGAGAAGGGCGAGAUGACCACUUCCCAUCUGCUGGUGCAGAAGGCCCGCGCGCCUGAUUCCGGCCGGUACACGUGCGCGCCGGCCAACGCCAACCCUAGAUCUGUACUCGUCCAUGUACUAAGUGGUGAGCAUCCAGCGGCGAUGCAGCACGGCGGCCAGCUGCGCCUGCAGUACCCGCUCUCUGCCGCACUGCUCAGUGUCAUCGUCACGCUGAUGGGCUGCUAGUACAAUUUAACCUAGGUUUAACUGCGGGUUUGUGCAACAGUUUGAGGAACCGAGACUAACUGCUACAGCACUAUGCAACGCGUAAUAAUUGGCUACUUGAAACAUUUCGGAUAAAUAUUUUUUUAGGCUUUGUUUAUACCUCUUACAAUCAUCUUUCUUCUAAAAAAUGAAAAAUAAUUUGUAUUUAUCAAUUAAUUUGUAAAACACGUGAAAAUAGCUGGCACGUGACAUGUGUGUGCUAUGACGUCAUAUUUUAUUAAACUACUAUACGACGUUCUAACUCUUAUGCGUGCUACUUAACUGAAUUGUUGUAAUUAAAUAAUAAUGUCAAAGCUGACACAUAUUACGUGAGCAGCUGUUUAAGGUUUGUAAGUCACAGAUAAAAAUAUCAAGUUUAUUAUGCAAAAAUAAAAUACUUAAAAUUUAUUGCUUGAAAAAUAUUGUACAAUUAUUAUUGUUUACCUAUAAGCCAUAAUAACCAACGCAUUUCAUAUAUUAUCAUUACAACAGUCAAGAAGCCAAUUGUGGGUCAGGCGAGACUGCCCUAUAAGUUUAAAAUCUUAAUUAAAUUUGUAUGUGAAUUGGAUUGGGAUGGACUCUUACAUUUUUCGGAAUUUUUAAGAAGUUAGUACCUACAUAGGAUAACACACGUAAAAAGCAUUUAUUUUGAUCUCAUUAUAAUCUACUAAAAUUCACUAAAUUCCUAAAAAGUCUUGAGUCUAAUUUCCAAUCCCUAGUUUCAAGAAGAAUGAUUAUAAUUGACUGACGCUGCCAUAAGUAAGUUAACUAAUAAUUUGUUUUAGUUUUUACAUUGUUAAAGGGUUUUGUCAUCUAGACAGUAUCUAAUGGUUACUAGCUAAUGAAAAGGUUACUCAAAUCUUACUGUUGCAUGAAACCGGCCGUUUUGUAUAAUUGAAGUACAUUAUUAUAUAUUUUGUCAGGCGUAUUAAAGCUAGAUGCAGACUGCGGCUAACACCGCAGGGCUAAAACCGCGCGGUAUUUUGAUGUGUAUCUUUUUAUGAACAAAGUUCACUAGAAAUGCAUUGGGUAUACGUUCAUUAGCAGAUUCUAAAUCUGUUAAUGAACGUGAAUCCAUACGGGUAACAGGGACCGCAAGUGGAUUAGCGGUUUAUUUUGUUUAUUACUGAUUUAAAAAUACGGUUAAAACUCACGUGACUUUCAUUGGAAUAUAUGCGACUUGUUUCGAACAGGAAAUUCUAAUCGUUUUUCUUUUUCGGAAUUAUGAAAACACUCGCGAUAGUUUACACUUUCAGUUUUCAGUGACCGUAGUACAGAAUAUGGCUUACUGCAGAUUUUUACGUGUGGUUACUCGAUUAAACUCACCUAUAUUAGUUAUCAGCCUAACUGAUAGCCACAGUACCUUCUUAUAAUAUAAAUUCCUCAUUCAAAAAAAUCCGUCUUUUUUGUAAAAUUGCUAAUUACAAAUUGAAGGCCAUUUUUUAAAUCGUUCCCUCAAUUAGCUGAAGGUCAGAUGGGGAUACGGAGAUCUCACUACUUACCCGAAUCACUUUACGUUGGGAAAUUAAAUUCCCUAGUCCUGGGUUAUAGCCUUGUACGAUGGCGUGCUGACGGCCUGGUAUAUGUAAAAAAAAAAUAUUAUUUAUAUUUUACAAAAAAAAUCUAAAUCUGUUAUAAUCUAGAAUAAAAUAACAAAUAACUUAUCAAUUGUGAUGUGACUUUUGCAGUGCGGUGUUAUCCGUAAUGUACGCUAGCCUUAAUUGUAUUCGAUUAUUAUAAAUUGAAAUAAUUAUUAUUAAUAAUUAAUUAAACAAAUCCUGUAAUUAUGUAGUAUUUUAAUAUUACAACUUAUUAAAAGACAUGUUCAUAGAAAAAAUAAAAAUUUGUACAGUGAGUGGUAAGUAUGAUAUUUCAUAAUAUAGCAUUUAUUAUAAUAAUAAUAUAAAAUUUUGCUCGCAACUUUGCUAGCAUGACCGGUGUUCAUUUUAAUUUUUACAUACGAAAAAAAGAAGAAAAUAGUUGAAAAAAACCCACUUCUAUAAUUAUUUCUAUGGAAAGUUUAAUUUACGUUUAAUUAUAUUUAUUUCAACAGCACGGAUCAUAAUUAUUAUAAAACAAGAGUUAAGUAUUAUUCAUUGUAUCAAUAAAUAAUAAUUUAACCGGAUAUUUUAAUUAUAUACUUAAAGAACAUUUUUUAAAUUGAAUUAUAGCAAAAUUUUAGCAAAAUGCCGAUAGUGAUCUCUUCCAAGCUACCUAACUUGAAGGAACAUUAUAUUUCCUCACUCCAAUAAACUUUAACCAUUUUAUGUCAAAUUGCAAAUUUGGAAGACAAUUUUUUAAAUCUCGUUCUCUCCGAAAGUCAGAUGGGGACCGUAGUUACGCUAUGCGAAAAAUUGCAAAUGUAAGAAAUACGCCUUCUUUUUCAGGAAUAAACAGUAUGAUAUUCCUUUUUUAACCGACUUCAAAAAAGAGGAGGAGGUUUCUCAAUUCGACCGUAUAUAUAUUAUUAACUUCGUCAUUUAUAGACCAAUUUGGAAAAUUCUUUUUUUGUACCACUGACAAUGUGAUUGUUUAUUUUGAUAAUGUUGAAAAUUUAUUUCAUAAAAGCGCAAUAAACGAAUUUCAUUUAGGAAAGUUACCUUAAAUAAUAUUUAAAAAUAAUAUAUUGGUAUUUAUUAUAACUAUUAUUAUAGCGCGGUAUUUGCUUGAUUCGCUCUAUUUGAUUGACAAAUAUUUCCUGCUUGUUGAGUAAACAGUUUAUUCAAAUUUCAUGCAAAUGCAAAUUAAGCUACAUUAAUGUUUUUGUGGCAUUAAUUUAUAGUGAAUGACUUUAUAUUAUGCAUGUUAUGAAAAUUUUCAAACUAAACUAAAUUUGAAUUUAAUUUCAUUUAUUUCAAGAAGACCUUGUUUAGAAGUACGUUAAACUUCAAGUCUUUUGUAAGAUUUUGGCAGAUUAUACUGAGAUAUAAAAAGUAUUGGGGUAAAGGCAGCUGCGUAUUUAUAUAAUUGCAAAAGUCCUAACAAAAUAAUUUAUGUUAGGUAGAUUAAGAAAUAAAUAUUACUUACUGGAAAAACAUUUGUGGUUUAACUCAGGAAAUAAGAGGACAUACAAAAAUAUAUUUCACAUAAAAAAAAAGAAACAGUCCGCCUGAACAGUACUUGGUGGCUGUUUAGAUUUUUUUAAUGAGAAAUAUAUAAAAACUUCAAUAUAUUAAUAAUAAUUAACAAUCCAAACAACAAUCCAGGCAAGUUAUAUUUAAAGAAACUCAUUAAUGUCUUUCAUUAUUAUUGUUCUGUUAGAUAAUGUUAUCGUCGAUGAGACAGCAAAGAGCUGGUUAUUAUUUUUUCAAUUGGGAGAUUUUUUUUCCAGUGAUGUAAGUAGAUGCGAAAUGUACAAAAUCUUUUUAAUUUACUUUUACAUUGGUAAGCAAUUGAUAGAACGUGGCCAAAAGAUAUCGCGUCUCCUUAUUUAUGGGAUGUAUACAUUUUAUCUUUUAUAUUUUGAAUUCACGCCAACUCAAUUCCGAAACUUAUAUUUAUUGAUGUUUACAGAUAUUUGUUUCAUAUUUUCGGAGUUUGGACUGAAGAUAAAAUGGACAAGAGUUCUUUUCAAUAAAUUGACAAAGCCUUUGUAGUGAAAAACAUAUUUUCUUUGUGAAGAAAGGUGCAAACAGUUUGAAAGCCUGUUUGUAUUUAGGUAAAUAGGUCAAUAAAUUGUUAUAUAAAAGAAGUUGAGUAUUGAAAAUCACUUGGAGUUUUAUGAGUUUAAUAAUUACAUAAUCUUAAAUCUUUUGUGGAAAAGCUACUUACACAAGAGCAUGGUUUGUAAUGGUAUCUUGAUUUGUAAAUAAAUAAGUAAGUCUGAAGAAAAAACGAUUAAAAUUCAUAUUUUGAUGUUGAUUGUCGAUGUGUGUAUUGUCGUAUUAUAUUUGAAAUUGAUUUUUCAGUUUUCAAUGAAACUAUUAACAAAAAAUCAUCUGUCUACUAUGUAACAAAAACCUGGGAAAUAUUAUACUUCCCAAAUUGAGACGUAAGUUAUGAUAUCUUUUACAUGCAUAUGAGGCAAAUGCAACACUGCUCGAAAAAAAGCUAAUGAGGGCUUAGUUCAUUCGCACGAGAGUUUUUUACGGACUUUAAAAAAGCGUUCAAAUACAACAAAUGCAUUCCCAAGUAUAUGUUCACACGACAGCGUUUUUAAAACGCGACGCUUUUUUACGACCAGCGUUGAAAAUAGACCUUCAUUUAACUUCAUACUAUAUUUGUACGCUUUUUUAACGUCCGUUAAAAAAAUCGUGCAAAUGGGGCUUACGCCUCAAGUCGAUGAGCUCUGGUAUUCAUAACACCAAGUGACCCAUUCUCAUGAAUCUACUAUAAAAAACACGUACUACCCUCUACUCUACUGUACUUAUGCUGUAUUGUACAGUAUUUAUACUGUGCCGAAUAAGACAAAUGCUUGAAAAACAUAAGUCGUGCAAAAUAACGCGUCAAAUAUAUUUCAAUAUCGCAGUCUCGACCGAUGCGGAUUCCAAUUUGGCGGAGCUCUUUAGAAUCCAUCAACUGGAGUGCUAUAAAAGAAAGAUUGAAAAAGACAAUCGAGGGUCUCUCGUUAAAAAGCCGUCGAAACCUCUCCACGAGGCCGUGUCAAGGCUUUUCGGUCAGAUUUCCAAGUAUUCGGUACCCGUGGACAUUGAUAACACCUAGAUACUCCGCUCACAGAAAUCAAAAGCUAUUUAAAAUUUAUGAGGAAUAUUUUUAACAAAGAAUGAAAUAUAUACUUAUUCUUAAGAACAAAUUACAUUAUUUGCAUACAUAUAUACAAUGCACACAAUUUAUACUAAUAUUAUAAAGCUGAAGAGUUUGUUUGUUUGCUUGAACGCACUAAUCUCAGGAACUAUUGUGAGGAAAAAUUCUUUCAGUGUUAGAUAGCCCAAUUAGCAAGGAAGGUUAUAUAUUAUCCCUGUAAUCCUACGGGAAAGGGAACAGCGCGUGUGAAACCGUGCGGCGUCAGCUAGUAAUUUUAUUGAACAAACAGUAGUAUAAAAUGUGAAGGUUUUUUAAUGUUAAAUAGGCUUGCGUUUGAUUACAAUCAUGCCUAAAUGAAAGCAACGAUGAUGUUUAUAUCAGGAUCUUGAAAAUGAUGAAAUUAUACUAGAUUAUUAUUCAGAAACACUUUAAAUACUUUUGAUUUUACUUGAAAUAAGCAGAAUUGAAUUGAAUUAAGAAAUCAAAUAAAUACACACUUCAAAUUUUAUUUCAAAAAAAGUACAUUAAGUAACGUAUCCGUAUUUAGAUACCUAUAUAAUUUUCACAUUUUUCACAAAUUGCAAAAAAAAAAUUUUGUUUUGUUUAUAAUAGGUAUACGUAUUCUAGAAGUUAGUACAUCGACGUCAGCACCCAAUGUUUUAUGUAUUGUCGUUUAUUCCAAAGGUCAGGCGACCACAGUAGAGGUCACAACGCCGAGGGAAUUUAAGUUUUACGUUCCAACAGAACCGUUAUUUGUUCUCGUAUAGUUUGAUACUAGUUUGAUCUUCAAUUAUCAGGUCGAGGUUUUACACGUGGCGUGUUUUAUGCGUCGUGUGUACGAGGUUUAACAUUAGGAUUUUGUAGACGUGGAUUGAUGACCGACGGACUAAAAACCAAGAACAUAAAAUUAUUAUUUUUAUUCUUUAGUUUAUAGUAAAAUAUGGUAAUUUAGUUUAUUUGUUUGACUUCCAGAGAGUUGAGUUUUACAGACUUGAAACUUAGAUGUGAAAAUAUAAAUUGUGUUUGCAUUUUUAAAACAUUAUAAAAACUGUAUUCAUGUAAUUAAGAGUGAGGUUCAAAAAUAAAUUAGGUAAAUAUUGAGUUAAACUCAGUAGUAACUCGUAAAUGGGUGAUAUCGAAUAUAGAUUUCGUGUUGCAUAAAAGUCAACAUAGUAACGGAUGUUAUCCAAAAUGGAUGCAUUAAUAUUAUGUUCAGCUUUAAGCAAGUACAGUUGAAAUUCUAAUUAAUAUAAUGAAUUAUGUAAAUAUUAAUUAUUAUUUAUUAAUAAUACUAUGCAUGUUAUGCACGUAGACCAAACUAUGUUAAUUAGGUUGGAUCGGCAAAUUGAUAAAGGAUUAAUAUGUUAAUUAUAAACUGUAAUUAUAAUUAUUACAAAUAUUUUAGCUAAAUAAGUUAGUAUUUUUUAUAGUCUAAGAGAACACUGCAUUGUACACAUUUGUGAAUGUGACGUGGGUGUGGACUAUUUGAAUUGUAACUGUAAGUAAACUCUGUGGUGACACAAGUACAUUUUACAUUUCAAAUUACUGUACAAUAUAUAAAAAUAAGAAGGUCUCUAUCUAAAAACUAUUUUAUGUAAAACAUUAUUUCAUCUAAUUGGACAGGAAAUUAUUGGAUUAUGAAAUUACAUUAAAAUAUUAUGAGACCCAAGGAGAUUAUAACCGGACUAAGCAUCGAAGGUAUUCAUGGUAUUCAUUUGGGUUUAGUGUCGUAUUUAUGUUUACCUACUCACUAAAGUCGUCAUAAUCAUGUUUAAAUAUAUUUAUAAGUUUGUUAUAAAGUUAUUUAUGUAAAUCAGAAUACCAAAAUCCUUUCACGUGUCAAACCUCACAGUAAUAAGAGGGAAUCCUUUUGGGUCAGUCGCAGUCCAUUUGGGAUUAAAAUACUUGAAAAGAUCACGAAAAUUGACACGUCCUUUUACGCAAAUUGUAAAGGUCUGGUAAACGUCGUGCCCCUAGAGAGGUGACCGUCCGGCCUCCACGAAAAGAAAAUAAAAUUUCGUUAAGGAUUUCGGGACGUCCCGAUUUUGGUCCCUGUGGGGAUUAUCAACAUAAAUUAUUAUAACAUAGUGUCAAUACCCAUGGUUAUAGUUCUGACCUUUAUGUAAUGAAGGAAAAUUGGAUAUACAUUUUUCUUUGUAUUAGUGUCCAUAAACUUGUGUUUUCAAUAUUAUUAAUGUAAUUUGACUCGAUUUUGAUUACUAUCUUUUUACUUACGUGAAAGUGUAUUUUUUUAGAAUCAGAUAAAUUUCAUUUUGUCAUUUAUGACUCAAUACGAUAUUGUUACAUGACUUACUAAACUAAAAUUUGCUGGCUAGUGUUAAAAAAAAGUCAACAUUAUUUACACCAACUUGUACAAGUGUAAACAAUAAAUGUUGACUUUAUUGUUUCCGGGUACUUUAUCGACUUUUUGAGGAUCUACUUUCGUGGUAAUUUAAUUUUUGACUUUCUUUUCAUCAUCAAUGACAGAAAUAUACUUUAUUAAAUUAUAUAAGCGUUUUUCACUCGCCUCGUCAGGUGAUCAUCGAGUUUUAUUCAGUCAAGUAGCGCAGAGGUAAAUCAUUCACUCAAUAUAUGUUGAUGGAAAAUAUUGGGAACAUAAUUAUUAUGAAUAUUAUUUUGAUCUAAUUGCGCUAGACGGAUCAAGUAAGGCAACUGUAAAAUAAACGCGGCAGUGGAACUUGUUUUUAAUUCUCGUAUUACAAUUUCAAUUGUUUGUAGUAUGAACUGCCCUUUAUAAAAUAGUUAAAAAGUUGUAUAUUUGCGAUUGAAAAUGAUUUUAAUCUGUUUUAGCAGAAAUGGACAAUCAACUUUAAUUUAUUUAAGAAUAUUGUUUGUAAAAUAAUAAUUAAACUUAAUUUUACGUUAAAUUUUCCCCUACGUGAAUUUGGUCCAUGAAAUAAACCGUUAAACAUAAGUACCACUAGCUCCUAGACUAUAAUAUUGUAAUGAAGUUCUGAUAUUACAAAAUAGUUAUUUGUAAUUAAUAACAUAAAAUUAAGUAUAGAUUUUAAGGUUGUAAGUACUUAAUUAAAAUUACGAUUAAUUAAUUUAAUUUGUUUUUAAUAUAAAUUCUGAUGGAAAGGAGGUUGUGUAAAUAGGUAACGUUUGAGAUGUUAUUUAAGUAAAUAAACUUAUUGAUCGUCAA